UCUCAGCGCAGCCCACUUGCUGCUGCUGCAGCAGCAGCAGCAGCAGAAAAGACAAGCAAACGUUCCUACCAUGUGAAGCAUGCGGGCCGCCUCGCUUGCUCAUCGUGCCAAGCUCAGACCACCGUCCGAGUGGCGCGCAAAACUAUCAGGCCGCUGGAUGGCGUGCCAAGGCUCGACAAAAGGCACGUGCUGCAUGUCAACCUUUUUGGCUGAGUGGCUUUGCUUUGUCGGCGGGACGAGAAGCCGGAAGUGAACGGGGAGGGUUG